AUGGCAGCACCACCAGAGAAAACGAUCAGCAACCUGACGGGAAAGUGGACGCUUGACCGCAAGCUCUCGUCGGGACUUGACGAAGUCAUGGCCCUGCAAGGGGUGGGCUGGCUGAAGAUCAAGGCCCUCUCGGUUAUCAACGUCACGGAAACGUACAAGCAGUACAUCGACGACGCAGGCGUGACGCACAUCGACGUCGUGCCGACGGUGACGGGCGGCUUCAAGGGCGAGGAGAGCAACUGCGUCGUCGACGGCAUCAAGCGCGCGCGGACGCUGCAGGAGUUCGGCGAGGUCAUGGAGUCUUGCCAGUGGAGCGACCUGACGGACGUCGACGAGGAGUUUCUGCGCGACGGCUGGGUGUACGCGGAGGGCGAGAAGACGGGGCCGAAGAACCUGUAUAUGAACGUUACGAUGGACAAGGGAGCGUGCGUGUUGAAGGGCGUGUGGGGGUUCAUUGACGUUGAGGGAAAGAGGUAUCACGCCAGGAAGUCGACGUGCACGAAGGACGGGAAGACGGCCAAGUGCACCCAUGUGUACGGGUGGAAGGAGAGCGCGUGA